UGCGUCCUGGAGCAGAGCGGAGGAGCUCUGGGGAGUCUCAAAAGUUUGUGUCUGAAGCUGUAGUGGCAAAUUGGCUUAUUGCGAAAGGAUUUUCUUGAGAUGAGAGCAGACCUGUCUUUAUUUCGGAUGCACAUCCUUCUGUAACCCCUUCACCCUUCGGCCGGAUCCCUGGACAACCUGUCUCCCCCGGAGAUUCCCAGAUCUCCGAGGUCGCCGGACGCGAGCAGUUGGCAGCUCUCUCAGGCAGAGAGCAGCGGACGUUUUCCUUUCCAAGUGUAUAAGCUACACACACACGCACACCCGCCGAACCAGAUCUCGUCUCCGAGGCGGCCGUGCCCCCUACCCUCCCGCCCUCAGCAUCCUCGGCCCAGCGCGCCUCAGACCGCCAUGGAGGUGCUGGAGAGCGGGGAACAGAGCGUCCUGCAGUGGGACCGCAAGCUGAGCGAGCUGUCAGAGCCCGGGGACACCGAGGCUCUCCUGUAUCACACGCACUUCUCAGAACUUCUGGAUGAGUUUUCCCAGAACGUCUUGGGUCAGCUCCUGAACGACCCUUUCCUCUCGGAGAAGAGUGUGUCAAUGGAGGUGGAACCGUCCCCCACAUCCCCGGCGCCUCUCAUCCAGGCUGAGCACAGCUACUCCCUGUGUGAGGAGCCACGCGCCCAGUCACCAUUUGGCCACGUCACCAGCAGUGACAGCUUCCAUGACGAUGAAGUGGAAAGUGAGAAAUGGUACCUGUCUACAGACUUUUCAUCAACGACCAUCAAGACAGAGCCAAUUACGGAUGAGGCACCCCCGGGACUUGUUCCCUCUGUCACUCUGACCAUCACAGCCAUCUCUACCCCUUUUGAGAAGGAGGAGCCCGCUCUGGAAAUGAAUACUGGGGUUGAUUCCUCAUGCCAGACGGUUAUUCCUAAGAUCAAGCUGGAGCCUCAUGAAGUGGAUCAGUUCCUGAACUUCUCUCCUAAAGAAGCCUCCGUGGAACACCUGCACUUACCUCCCACCCCGCCCAGCAGCCACAGCAGUGACUCGGAGGGCAGCCUGAGUCCCAACCCUCGCCUGCACCCCUUCGGCCCGCCUCAGGCCCACAGCCCAGCCAGAGCCGCAGUGCGGGCCCCCUCCGCCCUUUCCAGCUCCCCCCUCCUCACGGCGCCUCAUAAACUGCAGGGGUCAGGCCCACUGGUCCUGACAGAGGAGGAGAAGAGGACCCUGAUCGCCGAGGGCUAUCCCAUCCCCACCAAAUUACCCCUCACAAAGUCAGAGGAGAAGGCCCUGAAGAAAAUCCGGAGGAAAAUCAAGAAUAAGAUUUCUGCCCAGGAAAGUAGAAGAAAGAAGAAAGAAUACAUGGACAGCUUGGAGAAAAAGGUGGAGUCUUGUUCAACAGAGAACUUGGAGCUCCGGAAAAAGGUAGAGGUUCUGGAGAACACCAACAGAACUCUCCUGCAGCAACUGCAGAAGCUUCAGACUGUGGUGAUGGGCAAGGUUUCUGGUACCUGCAAGCUGGCUGGCACGCAGACUGGCACCUGUCUCAUGGUCGUUGUGCUGUGCUUUGCGGUGGCAUUUGGCAGCUUCUUUCAGGGCUCUGGGCCCUAUCCUUCUGCCACCAAGAUGGCUCUGCCCAGCCAGGACUCCAUACCAGAGCCGUACACAGCCUCUGUCGUGAGAUCCAGGAACCUGCUGAUCUAUGAGGAGCAUUCUCCUCUGGAAGAGCCGGCCAGUCCCGCCUCGGCUGGGGAGCUUGGGCGCUGGGACAGAGGCCCCUCCCUGCUCAGAGCAUCAGGGUUGGAGUCCAGGCCAGAUGUGGAUCUUCCGCAUUUCAUUAUCUCAAAUGAUACCAGCCUGGAGAAGGCCGUGUUGUUGGAGCUGCAGCAGCACUUGGUCAGCACCAAACUGGAGGGAAACGAAACGCUACAAGUUGUAGAAAUCGACAGAAGAGUGAACGCCACCUUCUAGAGAGGCUGGCCCCGACUCCCUCUCUCUCUUCGCUCUGCUUUUAAGUCCCCAAACCACCUUUGUCAUAAGCUUUUCCUCUUUGCUCCCCGAUCUGGGCAAGGACGUGGAUGAGCAGUUGUGGCUCUGGCUGGGAGGACAGCCUGGGACUCCCACCGGCAGUGAGAGAGCUCUUCCCUCCACCGCGCGGCCCUCCCCGCGGAAAGAGCCCGGUGUCUCCCCUGCUCUUCGCUUACUGCCGUAGGAAAUUACCUGAGGGUCUGGGUGGGACAAGCAGGCUUGCUUCUACUGAUAGUGCCAAAAAGAUGCUGCCUGAUUCUCACUUGUGGGGUGUGACUCUUGUGCAUUUGAGACCCCACACGCUAGCCACAAAAGUACCAGGAUGCCUGUUGGGAUCUGGCAAACCACUGAUUCAUGUCCUGCUUUCCUCAGCCUGGGUCUCCAGUGUGCCCACUCACUCCAGCCCCAGAAGUGCUGGGGCCUCCAUGAGCACUCCCUGCCCCUCUGCCCUUUAUGAGCCCUUGCGGACUGUCCUCCCCGCACUGGAGCGAGGGCUCCCCUUCAUAUUCUCAGGCCGCAAGUGCAAUGCCUGAAAGAGUCAGGCGUUUCUACUCCAGGCGAACCCGCCCCAUCUUGUUGCUUGUAGGACUUCCUUCCCCACAACCUGUGGCCCCACAUACCCAUAGUUCCGCCUCCCUGGCUUCUCCUCCCCACUUGUAAAUAGUAUUUAUUAGCUUGCUGAGGCUUCCCACUAGCAACCACAGUGAAGAGAGCCGACGCCUCCCUCUAAGCCAGCAAAGUUUUCUGUUGGCCUUUGCAGCUAGGAGGGUACCCCUGCCUCUGGGAUCCCCAUUCCUCCAGACCACGUUAUGUCUGGAAGCCUAUAAUUAUAGUUGGGAAGUCCCCUUAAACAUGUGUCCUCCUAUGCAGUGAACUCAGAGGGAAAGACGGAGCAAUGCCAUGCUCAGGUCUGUGGCUCUGUGGCCCAAUGCCUUUUCUAACCUGUUCUCAUAAGGGAAGCCCUGACAGCAGGAGUCUUGGACAGCCUGGUGUUUCCAACCUGCCCCUGGCCCCUCCUCCCUGCCUCCCCCUACACUUUCUUUACCACCCCCCUUUUCUACUUCAACACAGGAGGGCGGGCCUGAGGACUGGGGCUGGAGUAGGGGACUUCGUGUGCCCACAGUCUGACCUUGUGUGGUAAGCUUUGGCUACUUUGCAGCUCACCCAAAGAGAUACAACCUAACUCCCCAACCUCCUUUUUUUUUUUGUAAGGAUUAAAAGUAACCUUUGUAGCAUAAAAAAAAAUCUUUCCUCUUUCAUACAAGAAAUGGAAAUUGCCUUUUUAUUGUAUAAUGUAGAAGAUUCCUCUUAAGUGUUUUUCCCUAGCUUGUAAAAGAUUUUGUGUAAGAAAUUUGCUUACAUUUUAUAUUUUAUUUUUAGUAGUAGCUGAAGGGGCUUUGGCUUUAACUUCUCCCUCUCCCUCUCUCUCUCUCUCACCUACAUUGUCAUUGGCACCUAAGAAGGAUUAAGCCUGCACCUGGGCCUUCCAUUCCAGACCAGAUAUGAGCUUUGGUGCCAUUAACUUUUGCCAUCAUAACUCAUGAGCAGAUGCUCACCUUGUCUGCCGAGGUGCGCUUGGGGCUCGCUAUGCCUAAUUCCUCUCUCCGCUCCUGUGAUGACAGAGUUACAGACUGGGAGAUGGCCACGUUCAUUGUCUGGGCAGCAUUGAAGCUGCACCGGGACUGCAUGGCAGCCCUGGAGAGGCACAGCCCCCCCCACCCCCCGUCCCUCGCCAUGGCCAGAGAGGGUUGCCAGCAUGCCCUCUGCGCCAGCUUCUCUCUGCUCGCUUCUCUCCUCUUCCUCUCUGGAUCCUCCUGGGCCUGGCUGGUGUCUCGUCACCAUGGGUGACUGCUUACCCAUUCUUCUCUUUAAAAUGUCACAUAAUUAUCAGGCACAGGCAGCCGGUGGGGCCUAAGAAGGGCAAAUGAAUGAACUCCGGUGGUAUUUGGACAAUGAGGGAAAAAAGGUUUCACAUUUAAGGGCCGAAGUGUGAGAAUGAGUCAGCCUAGCCACCUGCCGCAGCGGAACCAGAUCAGGUUGUUAAGGCUCCUGGACUGGCCAAGUGGAAAACCUGCUCUUCUGAAUGAGGAGGGGGAGGGGAAAGGGCAGCGGACUUGAAGCUCCUGUCCCUGGUGCCUUGAGGAUUUUAUUUCUCCCUGACCUACCCUUGGUUGAAUUCACUCUCCAGGCCUCCAGACAGCAAGCCUCUGCCUCUGGAACCCUUCUUCCAGAACUGAAUCUCUAUCAGAUUACAUGAUACAUCAGCUUGAGAGCUCAAAUGGUCAUAUGUUAAGGGGGUUCCGAGAACCAGUAUGGCCACUGUCUGAGACAGACCUCUGCCCGCCUCUCCCUGCUUGAGAGACUAGAGGCGGCUGACCAGGUGUCCUUUGGGAGGGUGGAAUGAGGUCAAGAGGACAGAGGAGUCGGCUAAUAGCAGGUUGGCUCCAAGUCAUUAAUGUAGGCGUGCACGUUUUGUGUUCGAGGGUCAAGCCCGGAGCGUCAGUCCCUCAGAGAGUCAGUCAGGCCUGCUCAGCCCUGAAGGUGCACAGUGGCAGACACUGGCUUCCAGACUUCAGUUUCGAAAAAUACAAGACAGUGCAAUCACAAAGGAUAACUAUGUUAAUUAUAAACAUAUAUUAGUUCUAUUUUUUAUCAUGUAAACAGGUUUUCCUCCAUUUUUCUGAUUACCCUUCUGAAGGAGGUGUCUUGCACAUAUUCGGAGAACAAACAUAUUUUACUGGAUGAGACCUGAGUAAACCAGACACCCCAGCAUGGCUGUUUUGCCAUCUCUCGACUUGGCGCUUAGAAAUGGGCACCAGAGAUGAGAGGCCUCAGUACCAGCUCUAAGGAAGAAUGUCUUUGAAGUGUUAGGACACGGGAGCCUGGCUCAUAUAGAGUGUUACGUAAAAUUCUGGCAGCUGAACUAGAUUGCUCCCUUUGGGCAGGAGGUAGGGAUGAGCUCUGACACCAGCGUGGGCAAAAUUAGGUAAGCUUUUUGUACAUUUGUAAGUCAUUUUGAUUUGAAGACUCAAUUUAGAGAUUGUGAAAGCCGCUUUUCGCUCAACUUAUAUUACAAACCACCAUCAAUGCCACGUUUUUUCUUCCUAAAUCUCUCACAUUAGCCUGAAUCCCAUGUGCCCACAGAGCUGGGGCAUGGAGCUGACUUGUCUUCAUUCUGGCAGUCAGUGUUCAGAAUUUUGGUCACAAUUGUUUUAUUAACAAUUUUCAGCACUUCCUGCUCAGACCAAGCAAAACCACAAAGACAGAAGCAGAGGCCUUUCAGGGCCAGCUCCCCUGAACAUACGUGUCACGUGGGGUGGAGACUGCCCGUUCCCUGCUGAGGAAACGGACCAUCCAUGCUGGCCUUGCUAACGUGGGGCAUUGGAGAUGGAGAGGAAGUUUUGCAGCCUCCGCAUCUGCCAUGAGUCACUAGUUUGGUACUGCUGAAUCCAGUCUUUGGGAAACAUUCAUUAAAGACACCAGCACUCCUGGGUGUGUGCCGGUGGGGCCUGUGAAACCGUUAGCAGGUGGUGCUCUACUGAGACUCAUUUAUUUGAAUGCUUUUCAGCUGAGACAAUAAGGGGGCCCUGCUAAGAGGAGGCCCUCUGUGGGCAGAGUGAGCAGAGAGGGGGGCUGGGGGCGAGCCAGCAAGAGUUCAGAUGUUUCAUCCAUCCAUUCAUUCAUUCAUUCAGCCAGUCAGCCAGUCAGUCGUAGGACUUUUCAGUGUUACUGAGGAAGAGUACUGUAUGUACUGUAUGUGGGCGCUUGGGAAUAUUGGAGAAUAAGACGGCUGAGGACAUUUCAUUAGUAAUUAUUCAAAUGACAUAAGUGCUAGGUCUCAGUCUCUGUGUCUCACACACACACACAUAUUCAUCCCUUGUCUUAGACACUUGUUUGUGCCUUAAAUGUGCCUUACAUGUGAAUCCAGGAUGACUGGGGACUGCCUUGUCCCUAGGUGAUUUUAUGUAUAGCCUUGUAUUAGAUCGAAGUGGGUGUGGGGAAAGGACUUUUUCCAAAGGCUCCAAAAUAGUUCCCUAAUAGUGAGCUGUGAUCAGAUUUGCACAUCAGGGGUAAAGAAAUAGGGUUAUGUCCAUUAGGAAAAUCCCAUUUUGUGGAGGUGCAAUCACAUCUAAAAAUGGCCAGCUGAGAUUAAAGGUAUACAUCCUCCUCGCAGAACAUUUUCCGGGUGCCAAGGACCUGGGCCAUUUGAGGAUUACUGCUCGAUGCCUAUGUAGCCAAAGGCUCAGCACUCACCACAGGGAAAAUCUAGGCGUUGUUUCAUUCUGUUGUCUGGGGCAACAUAAAAUUCAGGAAUGCUUUGUUUUCAUCUUGGUUUCAAGAAGGAAGGGAAAUAGUAUUUCUUGAGCACUUACUAAGUGCUGGGUGCUA